AUGCGGAGCAGCGCCGGGUGGGAGCUGCGGGUGUUGGCAUUCCCAUCUCACGGGGGGGGGGGGGCUGGAAGGAUCCGCAGGGCCCUGAGUGGCUCGAACAUCUGGAAGGACUUUGCUGGAAGGUUGUGUUUAACAACGAUUGUGACACCUGGCCUGGGGGGGGUCGGUCGUUGUGCCCCAGAGGGGUCAGCUGGGAUCAGCAGCACCGAGUCCUUGCGGGACCCUGUGUCCAGUUCUCAUUGGCCAGUUGUUGGCUCACAAGGAUCCUUUCUCCGCAGGAUCGAGAGCUACUCCUGCAAGAUGGCCGGCGACGACAAGCACAUGUUCAAGCAGUUCUGCCAGGAGGGCCAACCCCACGUCCUGGAGGCCCUGUCGCCGCCUCAGACCACGGGGAUCAGCCCCAGCAGGCUCAGCAAGAGUCAGAGCGGUGACGAGGAGGGGCCGCUGAGCGACAAGUGCAGCCGCAAGACGCUCUUCUACCUGAUUGCGACGCUCAACGAGUCCUUCCGGCCCGACUACGACUUCAGCGCUGCCAAGAGCCACGAGUUCAGCCGGGAGCCCAGCCUCAACUGGGUGAUCAAUGCUGUCAACUGCAGUCUCUUCUCGGCGGUCCGCGAGGAUUUCAAGGCCCUGAAGCCGCACCUGUGGGACGCUGUCGACGAGGAGAUCUGCCUUUCCGAGUGCGACAUCUAUAGGUAAUGGGACCGGCCCUUGUGGCCUGCAGCCCUGUGAUUUUUUUUGGUUAAAAUAUGACAUUUUGGCGUGUCCACCCCUGCGUGAGGGCUGGAGCAGGGCAGGGGCUCCACUGUUGCUCUUUGAGUGCAGUGGGGCGGCCCCAAUUUCCUUCUUUCUGUCCUCAAAACGUGCAGCGAUAGGAGGAGAGGUAAUGGCCUGACGUUGUGCCAGGUUGGAGAUUAGGAACAAUUUCUUCCCAAAAAGAGCAGUCGGACACCGACAUGGGCUGCACGGGGAGG